CCUUGACCACCGGAUAGCGCUAUAUAUUGCCCGGCGUAAAGUCCAGCUCUUCAUUUGGUGUUUGUCCACAGUGCUGAGAAGUUACGACCCGAUUCACAAUGCCGAAGUUCCUGUCGGAAGAGCAGGUCAAGUUCUACAAGGAUAAUGGCUUCAUCAAGCUGGAGAACAUCUUCUCGAAGCAGGAGUUCGACAAGUUCUCGGACGAGUACGACGACCUGUUCCGCGCCAAGAAGAACGACCAGCUGGAGGCCGUGUGGCAAGGCAACGACAUGAAGGAGCUGGCGAAGAACAAGCCCGUCACAGUGCUGUCCAUCCACAACCUGCAGUUCCACUCGGCGGCCUUCACGCGGGUCCUCAUGAACGACAGGCUCCUCGACGCUCUGGAGGACAUCAUGGGCACGCCCAACGUCCUGCUGCACCACACCAAGGCGCACCUCAAGCCCCCGGAGAAGGGCGCCCCCUACCUCAUGCACCAGGACUACCCCUACUUCCCGUUCGAGAAGCACUCGAUGGUGGCGGUGUUCAUCCACAUGGACGACACCUCGCCGGAGAACGGCGGUCUGGCCGUCUACCCGGGCUCCCACAAGCUGGGCCCGCUUGAGAGCCACACCGUCAGCAAGGACGGGGAGGACUACCACUACGUCGACAAGGACAAGUGGCCGCUCUCCGGGGCCACGCCCGUGCUGGCCAAGCGGGGGGAAGUGGUUGUGUUCUCCUACCUGCUGCUGCACGGCAGCUACCUCAACACGUCCAAGGACCGCGUGCGCAGGAUGUUCCUGAUACAGCUGAUGUCGGCGGAGGACGAACCGGCGGAAGACAAGCACCGCUCCUACGGCCAGGGCAUGGUCCUGAGGGGCCGGAACUCCAAGUGGGACGCGUCGCUGAGGGGCAGAUUCAUGAAGUAGCCCGCCCCCAACUCCCCCCUCCCGCUCCACCCCUCGGGCAACGCUCAUCUGGGACCCGCCAGCGCCCAUCGACACUUUCCAGUUCGGGCCUGGCUGGUCUUCUUCGACAGAGCAGUCAACAAGUACCUUGUGAACCAAUCCAAGGAAAUAUAUAUAUAUUUUUUUCAGAACCCGUUGACAAAAAUUUUACCUACUUUUUUACAUCCAGCAGCUCUACCGUUCAACUUUCGACAUGCCCGUACACGCGCUACGACGUACAUUCGCCCCGUCACGACCGACUUUUGUUAGAUUUUCAUGAAGUCUUUUAUGUCGAAAGUAACGCCAGUUUACAAUUUUUGCAAAUCAUAAUAAUAUAUAAUUUGUUGUAUUAUCUAGGAUUUUAUUACACUUUUUUUUCUUCAAAAUAUAUAUUUUUUUCCUUUAGUUUCCAGUCCCAAUCAAACAUAAUUUGAAUGUAUGUGUGUAUUUGUGUGCAAACUUGUACCCUGACUUACGCAAAUUUGACUUACAUGGUUAUAGCUCAGACCUACCUAUCGCGUAUCACUGUAUACAACAAAAAUUAAAACAUGAGCAUCGUCCUUACGGAAGAAAACAUUAAAAUUUUACAUUUAAAUGCUGUGUAAAUAAUAAUGUUUUAAUUUAGAAUAAAACCAACACACAUUAAGUUUAAAUGGUGGUCAGUUGACUAACUCAAAAUCAGUGUCAGCAAUAUUUUUAUUUUUAUUUUCUGAAUAAAAUGACAUAUUGAUUCAUACAAUUUAUUGAAAAGUUAUUAAAGCAAAUUGAGAAAUGGUCUAUUAAUUUGUAAGGUAAUUUAAACUUAAAAUUUUUUUUUAAUUUUUUUCUUUUCUGGAAUGUAAUACUAGUAAUGCACACCUAUCAGGGUGUCUAUAAAUAUCUAGGAACUAAUUUCAGAACUUUUUCCAGAACAUUUUAACUAAAUUUAUCUAAAAUUAUUUUAUCAUGGGUGAUUUUUUUUACAACUACACAUACAGCAAAAAUUAAACACGAGCAAAUUUAAUUUAAAAAAUUAUUUGCAGUAUUCGCAGGAACAUUCCAAAGCUAAAGCAAAGCUAAAAAAUUUUUCAGAGGUACGUGAUUACCGUACGAUGCUAUAAACUGAAGGGAGGCAUCAAAAAACAGUGUAAGUUAGCAAAAAAUAGCUGCUGUAAACCAGAGUUCCGUGAUUUUCCUGACCUGUAGACACCACGUUCCGUCAACAUCUCUCGUAAUAAUAUUGGCAAAUUAUCUUUCGAAAUAUAAAAUUUUUUUUCAACUAUAGAUUUUGUAUAUAGUUUUUUCUGAGCAAGCAGACUGUUUCAGUUCACCCCGACUGUGUCUAUUCACCCCGUUUCACGGUACACUGCUGUAAGUAUAUAGAGCAUCAAUCUUCCGCGGUCUAAGUUCGUUUCGAGCUCAAACGUUGGUAACUCUGCUACAAACUACAUGUAGUGUGAUCCAGUGGAUGGUGAGAUAACAUUAGUGUACAGGCUUCGUUUUUUGUAUCAGGCACAAAUGUAACCAACCAUAAUAAAAAAUUAGUUAUUUUUUUUUUUAAUAUUUUGUUACAAAUUAUUAUAUGUUUUUAUAUUACAAUAACACAAACUGUUUUUAUUUUAUCCUGCUGCCUGGGUAAUGAAUGUCUCAUUCAAUAAAACAAUUUUAACAACAGUUC